AUGCAAGAGCCCAACCAAUCCUCUGUGACUGAAUUCCUCCUUCUGGGUUUCUCUCUCAGCUCCACGACCAGUCCUCUGCUCUUCUCUGCCUUCCUGAUCACCUACCUACUAAUUAUCCUGGGAAAUGGCUUCAUCACCAUCCUUAUCUGCCUAGACUCGCACCUCCACACACCCAUGUACUUCUUUAUUGGCACUCUUUCCAUGUUGGAUCUGGGAUACACCACAACGACAGUUCCCCAGAUGUCAGCACAUCUGGUCAGCCGGAAGAAGACAAUCUCUUUUGCCAGGUGUGUGACCCAAAUGUAUAUUUUCUUGGUGCUAGGCAUCACCGAGUCCUGGCGCUUUGCCAUCAUGUCUAUAGACAGGUAUGUGGCUAUCUGCCACCCACUUAGGUACAAGGUCAUCAUGAGUCCAUGUCUAUGUGGGAUAAUGGUAAUCUUCUGUGGCCUCUGGGGUGUCAUCGCUGCCCUUGUCUACACUUUCUUUGCCAUGCACCUACCCUACUGUGGCCCCAACCAGAUCAACCACUUCUUCUGUGAAGUCCCUGCAGUGCUGAAGCUGGCCUGUGCGGACACCUCACUCAAUGACCACGUUGACUUUAUUCUUGGCUUUAGUGUCAUCCUGAUCCCACUCUCUCUCAUACUUGGCAUCUACAUCAAUAUCUUCAUGGCCAUCUUAAAGAUUCGUUCGGCCCAGGGGCGGCUCAAAGCUUUCUCUACCUGUGCUUCCCAUAUCACUGUGGUCACCAUGUUCUGUGUGCCAGCCAUGGUCAUGUACAUGAGACCUGGCUCCGAGGCCUCUCCAGAGGAGGACAAGAAGCUGGCUCUGUUCUACAACGUCAUUUCUGCCUUUCUCAACCCCAUUAUCUACAGCCGCCGGAACAAGGAUGUGAAAAGGGCCUUCCUCAAGGUCACAGGCUGGGGCAGGGCCUCAGAAUAA